AUGAAGGUAGUGAAAAAGGGCAAGCUGGCAGUUAUGGGACGAAGUCGUAGUCGUAUUCGUAUUCGUAUUCGUAUUCGUAUUCGUAUUCGUAUUCGUAUUCGUAUUCGUAUUCGUAUUCGUAUUCGUAUUCGUAUUCGUAUUCGUAUUCGUAUUCGUAUUCGUAUUCGUAUUCGUAAUCGUAAUCGUAUUCGUAUUCGUGUUCAUAGUCGUGUUCGUAGUCGUGUGCUGAAAAUCGUGAAGAAAACUUGCUGUGGAAAGCACUUUCUUUUAUAG